AUGUAUGUUAUCAUCAAAAAAUAUCUGAAACUACUUGUUAAUUUGUUCCGCACUAUUGGUGUCUUCAUUUGUCCGCCGGAACGAACAGUUCCAUCAGUUUCAGGUUGUAAGCAGUGUAUGAAGCUUUCGGCUACCAACGAAGUCCGUGCUAAGAGCAACUUCUGGUACUUCCUCAGGAAACUAAAGAAAGUGAAGAAGAUUAAUGGUCAGAUGCUUGCCCUUAAUGAGCACUCUGGAAUGUUUCAAGGCAUCAUGAACCUCUCAUAA